CACUGCUGUAACGUCACACAGCAGCAGCAGCAGGAGCAGCGGCGGCGGCGACGGCAGCCGGGCAGUGAGACACAUGUCACAACAGUCUGUGAACCGAUAAACAUUUACCCUGGGGGCCGAGAGAAGACACAUAAGCAAAAAUGUCUCGGCACAGAAAUGUUCGAGGUUACAACUACGAUGAAGACUUUGACGAUGAUGACAUGUAUGGACAGUCUGUAGAUGAUGACUACUGCUGUAUAUCACCAGCAACAGCGAAUCAGUUCAUCUACUCCCGUCAAGAAAGGCAAGCACCAAAAGAGGAGCCUUUAGAAGAGGAAGAAUAUGAAGAUGAGUCUGUACCUAUGUCCCCUACAAUCAGCCACAACCUCGACCCUCUUGAUCAAGCCAAGCUGUAUUCCUGCUUGGACCACAUGCGGACUGUGCUGGGAGAUGCAGUGCCAGACUCUGUCCUGACCCAGGCAGCCAUAAGAUGUGGAUUUGACCCACAGAAGGCACUGGAUGCAGUCCUGUCUGAAGACACCAAGACAGCUGCAGUUACCAAAAGUACCAGUGAAGAGACGACUUCCAUAGCAAGAGUUAACCAAGAGAAAGCACCGCUUCCACAAAGAACCAAACAAGAGGCCGUGGCUGAGAAAGGAGCCUGCUUGUCUGCUUCUCAGACAGACAUUACAUCCAAGCAACAUAAACCUCAGACUGAUGGGUGCAAACAUGCACAACCACGCGCGCAAGCAUGUGCACCAAACUUGCGUGACCUCCUAUCGCAACAUAACGCUGACCCAGUGGUUAGCGGUUCUGAAUAUCAAAAUUUGAGCCGUCCAAAUGUUGGUCCAGAUGUUGGUGGUACCAGUUUGACACAGCUCAUGUCUGAGCAUGUGCAGAAGAGUAAGACGUCAGGAGUAGUUGACAUAGGGCGAGGUUUGGGUGUUCCCUCAUUAAGUGCUCUAACCAUAGGACCUAAUUCACCACCGUCCAUUAUUCCUAAUCAGAAUAGUCUUUCGUUGGGAACAUUGGCAUCUUUAAACAUGCCUUCAGCAUCUCUAAGCUCAGCUCCCUCCCUCCUUCCAGUUUCACUCAGUAGUCUGUCGCUAAAAAACCCCAAGAUGACAGCUGCAAGCUCUUCUCUGGCUGCUCCUCCUGGGUUUGGGAGUCUGAGUUCAGUCCUCCAGAGCACUCAGCACUCAGUAGGAGUUGGGAUUGGAGUCAAAGCCACAAUAGCUGAUCCUAAGGGAAGCCCAUCAUUGGCUGAUCUAAUCCAAGAGCAUUCAAACCGCAGCCCAACGAAUCCUAACUCCUUCCCUACUCCCCAAAGCAGCAUAACUUCUGUGCAGUGUCAGGGGAUGCCUACACAAGCACAAGCACUCUCGCUGUUUGAGCUUGCUUCACAGCAUCAAAACAAGAAUACACCCAUUCAAUCACAGACCACUAAACAACCAGCAAACUCGCUCACAUUUUCUAAUCCAACCAACAUUACUCCUACAUGCUUAGGUGGAGCGGUCUCGUUGUCUCAGCUAGCCCUGCAGCAUCAAACCAACAGUUCCUUAGCUUCCCCUCAGCCCCUCAGCACUGAAUCUCAAGCAAAUGCACUGAAACAACCACCUGGCGUCUCUGAGCCGCUCUCUUUGUCACAUUUGGCAUCUGCACACAAAGGCAAAACCUCAACCACCUCAAAUGGGUCACAUUACUCUCUCAACACGCUCCUCUUACCAGCAAAACCAGAGAGCGCUGGUGUUCUUGCAGAAAGUACUAUAAAGGGUGGGACCAAGUGUAAACCCAACCACAAACAAUACCAUCAAAACUCCAGGCCAUCUAAUCUGAGGCAGACUAUUGAUUUGAGUGCGCUCAUGGCCCAGUCAGAUGGAGUGAGCCCGCAUUACUUCGAUGACUUCCCUUCACCAUCCUCUCCAACUCCAGUCGCCAUGGGGCUGGAUUCUUCUGUUUUUGCAAAACCAUCAGUGUUUGCACUCACUUUGUCAGUUAAAAGCUGCAGACAACAGAAGAGGAUGCGGAAUAUACAGAGGGGAAACAUCAGAGGUCAGAGGACAGGAAGUGGUUACCAGGCCGCCUUGUAUAAAUCUCAAGACAAAUCCAAAGAGCACCAUAACCCGCUCUCGCCAAUUGCACCGUUCCGCUUCGACACGCCUUCACCUGACGACAUCGUCCAUGCUAAUCAGCGCAAAGCUUUCACCAGGUAGAUGGGGAAAUAAAAGGUGCUUAAUUCAGUUGCGUGCAAGUUGGUGCUAAAUUGGGACGAGAACCUUUUUGGUGGCCUUUGCUCCGCCGAUUGAACUAAACUAAAAGAGAUGCAGCACUCAAGGUCAUCAGUCCAUAUUAUACUUUUUAACUCUGUUUCACAAUCAGUCAUGGAGAAAAUAAACUUUUAGGACCAACAGUACAACAGGACAAACUCGCUGCUGAUCACUGCUUAUAGAAUUCUGCUAGAAUCCCUACAGCAUUUAUGUAUCUCUUUUUAAUGGAGACAAGAAAUCCUUGCAUUGCUAUUAUAUACAUACCAAUUAUGUUUAAGUCAAACAGGUUAAAAAACCACUCAGUCACUCUGGCAGCUUGAAAAUUGCAGCUAAGUAAAAUUUCUGCAUUUGUUUAGUGUUUUAAGAACUUUUUAGAAUAAUUUUUUUCUCAUUUACUGUAACAUUUUUUCUACAUUUUAAAUUUGAGUCUUAUUUUUGUAUGCUUAGAUGGCCAUUGGCUUUUUAAUUGAGAUUUUUGUAUAAAAGUAAAGUAGUUUAAUCUUAGCCAGGGAAAACUCAAAGUAUAUCUCUUUUUGCGUGGCCUCUUUUCUAGUUUGGAGCUGCAUGAACCCUUAAAAGAAGAAAGAGGUUGAUUUUGUUUGCAGGUGUGCUGCUGCUAUUGGAAUAUGGAUCAGUUAACCAUUGUACUGGUUUACUGCUGCCUGUGUUUGAGAUCAUGGGGUAGACAUUUUGGUUUCGAGGACACCUGGAGAUUUUCCCAUGAGGGAGCGUGAACACACACACACACACACACACACACACACACACACACACACACACAGACACAGACAUUUGAAUUGAUGUGUUUAAUGUUGAAGAAAUGAGUUCACUAUGGGUGCUAUCACUGUGAAUAAAGAGCGUGCACAAUGAAUCAGAAUGAAUGCCUUCAGAGUAGAGGUAAAAGAGGUUUUUCCUGCUCUUACAAGCUUUUAAUAUUACAAUGUAUUACGAUGGUUACACUAGGUGUGUCAUCAAGCUAUGCCAGAAGUUAAUUUGUCAAUUUUCAAAUAAAGAUGACUGAAUUUAUGUACUCUUAA